AUGAGUAGUGACAAGACAUUCUAUGCAUACGUUGGAACUUAUAGUCCAAAUGGAGAGGGUAUCUAUUUGUACUCGGUAGACCCAAAGACUGGUCUGCUGUUGAAGCGUGAGUCGGUUGUGUGCUCUGUGACAAGUCCAGCUCAGAUGGUCAUCGAUGCUCAAUCAAAGACAUUGUUCGCCGCCAGUGAAGUCGACAAUUACAAGUCUGGCAAGAAUGGUUGCAUCGUAGCAUUGUCAAUCGAUCAAUCAACAGGCUCACUCACUCAACUCAACGAACUUGACAGUCUGGGCACAUGGCCCUGCCACCUAUCACUCAAUCCCAAGGAGAGCUUACUACUCGUCGCCAACUACGGCUCGGGCUCAGUGGCCGUGUUCCCAAUCGAUCCCGCCACUCGUCAGCUCCAGCCAUCAUCAGCAUUCUUCGAAGCCAAGGACAAUGUUGGACCGACCAAGGCAGUUGGCGCCCAACCAGGCAGCUUCUCAAACAGUGGCCACGACGCACCACAUGCACAUUGGUUCGGCACAGACCCCAGCGGUCAGUACGCUUUCUCUACAGACCUGGGCCAGGAUCGCAUCUACCAAUGGAAGCUCAGCGACGCCGGAGCGUUGGCACCCAACACCCCGGCAUUCAUCGAUGGACCAUCGGCAGGCUGUGGUCCACGCCACCUCGUCUUCCAUUGCAAUGGCAAGUUUGUCUACAUGCUCAACGAGGAGUCGAGUGCUGUCACACUCUACCACUUUGAUCAAUCGACUGGCCUGUUGCAACAACGCCAGACACUCUCGACAUUUGAGCCCAGCUAUCGCGGCAGCAGCUUUGGAUCUGGUAUCAUCCUGUCACAGUGUGGCAGGUUUGUCUACGCUGCCAACAGACUGAGGAAUACUGUUACCCUGUUUAGCGUGGAGCAGACUGAGGGCACACUCACCUUUGUCGAGGAAGUAUGGACUCGUGGCGACUUCCCCCGUAGCAUUGUCAUAGACCCAUUGGGCAACCAUCUCUACGUCCUCAACCAGCGCAGUGACAACAUCACCAUCUUCACUGUCGACAAGUCCACUGGUCGCCUCUCCUUCAUCGACCGCUACAUCGAUGUUGGCAGUCCAUCACAGAUGGUGUUUGCUUCGAUCUAG